UGGUGACAACUUCAGUGUUGUUCAAGGCAACUACAGGCACUGUUUACACCUUUGUCCUGACAAGUUCUGCCGAUUACUGUUGGGGGAAACUGAAUAUUCAGUCUCAGAAUCUCAGAAUCUCAAAAAGUUGACUGGAUAUCUCCGCUACGCAUCAUCAUCCAGUUUGACUUCACGCCGGUGCCGUGCAAGCGUGAAAUUUCUGGAAAGAAUGACGUUCUUUCCAGAAGUUACUACAGAUUGCAGCUUACCCUAGGAGGAAGUUGGUGAAUUCUGUUUCAGUUACAUUUAAAUGAGCUCACCACAGAAAGUUGUGAGUGCAAGUGUGACCCGAUGAGGACAUUGUGAAAGUGCCGGUGCCUACGGCUUCAGUUUUGCCUAACUGAUCAUAAACUGAUUGACUGAUUUCUCAACUAGCAGUUAUCGGGACGAGUGACUGAAUUCUGCUGGAGUAGGUGGCAACGAAAAAGCCUCCGAUUUGACAGAACAUGGGGGAACAACCGAUUUUCAACACCAGGGCUCACGUCUUUCAGAUUGACCCGGUCACCAAGAAGAACUGGCUACCAUCCAGCAAGCAAGCUGUCAAUGUCUCCUUCUUCUAUGACAGCACUAGAAGCUCCUAUCGGAUCAUCAGUGUAGAUGGAUCCAAGGCAAUCAUCAACAGUACAAUGGUUCCCCAAAUGAUGUUCACCAAGACAUCGCAGAAGUUUGGCCAGUGGGCUGACAACAGAGCCAACACGGUCUAUGGACUAGGGUUCUCCUCCGAGGCUGAGCUCAACAAGUUUAUUGAGCAAUUUGACAAUAUAAAAGAGCAGAUGAAAUCCACACCCCAGGACAAGAAAGGAGGCGGGGGUGGGGACUCUGGUAUCACCGCUAAUGGCACACCAAGGGCGAGUGUCGUCAGCACAGCCGAACAGCCUGUUAUCAAACACACAAAGGAGCGAUCGGGAGACAACACUCCUAUCUCUACCGUACCAGCCAGCACUUCCAAUGACGCUCAGGUCCGCUACGAAAACGACAGGCUCAAGAUUGCCCUCGCACAAAGUUCCAACAACGCCAAGAAGUGGGAGGGGGAGUUGCAGACGCUGAAGAACAACAACGCCCGACUGACGACGGCACUGCAGGAGAGCGCGUCCAAUGUGGAAGAAUGGAAGAAACAGCUGUCAGCGUACAAAGAAGAGAACGCUAGACUGAAACAAAAGCUACAAGAGGCUCCCCAGGCCACGCAAGGCACACCGGGGUCCCCCAGGGAGAGCCAGGACACCAGGGUGAAGGAACUGGAGGAGAAAGUCCAGUCACUCGCCCUGGCUAACAAGGACAAGACAAACGAGGCGGAGGAAUUGGCCAACAGAUUGCAACAGGUGAUGGAAACGGAGGAGGAAGGCAAGAAACUCAGGCAAGAACUGCAGGAUUCCAAGGAGGCCCAGGCGACUCUACAGAAGCGCGUGGAGGAGCUCCAGGAACGUCUGAAGCGAGAGCAGAGCGGGCGACAGCACGACACGCACCGCGCACAGCAGCUGCACUCGCAGCUGGGCAACUUGAUACAGGAACUAAGCGGCAUGCAUCAAGACAUGGCCGAAAUAUUGUAGGAUGUUAAGACUUAAAAAGAUUGUUGCCCCCCACCCAUUUGGCACAUGGGCAAUGAAUAACACGUCCCCCUGACACCACACAGCUUGCUCCAGCCAUGCGUAUGAUGUGUAAGUGAAGCCACAUUGGACUUGUGGGUAGUUGGUUGUGCGGUCAUGGCUAUGGGGGUUUUCAAAACCUUUGCUUCGUCUUCGGAUUUGUCUUCAACUUCUGAAUCACCGAAAGGCAAACUAAACAAAAAUAGUGCAACUUUUGGCUUCAUAUCAAACGAGUUCCUGAAGCGUAACAGGCACUAAACUGUAGCUGGAGUUCCAGAAGUUGGGGGCCUAAAGAUCUUACAGCACUGCGCGCAGUAGGUAGUAGACAAGCCUUCAAAUCUGUGAUGAAGGACAAAAAAAUGUCAUCGGCACCACGAACGGACACUCACACGUAAGUGGGUGUCAGUUCGUGAAAACCACGUAAUCAACAAUUUAGGUUUCACGAAAACAGUGCGCAUGCACAUCGCACCGAUGCAAAAUAGGAAGAUUUUUGUUUUUCACGAACUGACACCCAAGCAUGAUGCGGCAAUACAGAACGGAGAAAAACAGUUUGAAAGGUUUUACAUGAAUUUAAUCCAUUCGUAUACUUGUGUGCUUACAUGCAAAUUUAAUUAAAAAGCGUUUUAAUUGGUGAAAUUAAGGUCAGUGUCAGUUCGUGAACACGAAAAUGUACGGGGUGCGCCCUAAAGUGCCGCACUGUGGAGGAUGUCGGUUCGUGAAACACAAAAUAUCCCGGUUCUGUGAAAAUACGCGCGUGUGCAGCGCACUCACGCGCAACUGAGAGUCAGCUCGUGGAGCCAAUGACGAACUGUGUGAAAAACGCGGAGCUAACACCCAGUGCCGAGUCGGCACGAUUGUGACGACCGUACACAGGUAGUGACCACUGUGCUAUUUGAUACAGAAUCAGAGUACACGAUGACAGGGACGCCGGAUAGUCACGUGGCACUCAGAUAUCAUGCAUUGUGUGCAUGUGACAGCAUAUUCACAUGCUAAGCAGAAAUCGACUGAGUACCAGUCUGCCACGUGUACAUCACACAACAGUUUGUCUGGUAACCUGUCAGUGCUGAACAGAUAUUUUCUGUGCUAAGCGCAUUAUUACUGUGUCGUUCAGCUCCAUAGAAUUGACCCUUAGGAAAGACUUGAGGGAAGACUAGAGGAUAGGUAACGUUUAUACACAGGAAAA